UGCUAGGUUACGUUUGGUGGCACAUUACUAAUUAAGCGACGUGCCCCUCUAUAAACAACAGCCAACGAGGUUUAUUUGAAAUGACAGCGGGCUUUUAAAUAAUUAAUUUGGAGGGGAAACACUGCUAUCAAAAGCUGCUGGCGUUGCUUGACUUUUUAACAUUUAAUAUGAAUUAUAAGAAAUCUUCAGCAGGACAGUGUCGCAAUGUGACCCCAAUGAGAGCUACCUCAUCUAUCGAUAUCAGAACAUAUGUACCCAAAGUAAGUCGAAGUGUUCGCCGUGGUCGACAGCGGAGUAAAUGUAACGUGUUUGGAUUCAUUAAAGACAGAGUUGUAAAGACAGGAAGAAGAAAUCUCAAUGGCCGAUCAUCUUCAGGAUCCAGGGGAGGUCAUUGUAAGACCCUGAUGACUGCCAGUGCCUCCAAAGAUUCCAGUCAGGAGACCACAAGCAUAACCAUGCCCUCUGGGGUUUCCAGCUUCUUGUUGGAUUGUUUGGAAACUGAUUCUCCAACUUUAGACACUGACUCCACGCUUUCAUCUAUUGAGGAGUUUCGCAGAGCUGAUAAUUGUGAUGAGGGGAUCACCAUAGUUGGUAAAGAUGGAAUGUUGAAUGGUGUGAAAAACUCAACUCUUCUUGAUCUGAGUCAUGCAGAAGAUAUAGCGCUACAUCAGGCUCCAGACCUCUCCUCCAUUCUCGAACUAUCAUUAGACGCUGUUAAAGAGAAACGGAAACGUUCAUCUUCAUUGUCACCCGUUAGCCUCUCCCCUGUACGUGUGCUCUCUGAAAUCUUAGCAUCUGACAUUACAUCAGCAGGAUGUUCGUUAGAGCCAGCUGAAAAGAAAACACCAGUCGAGGACAAAAGAGAGCCACGUUUCUCUCCUGUUGUGGAAAAGCAGUGUUUUACAGAAAAUAAGAAACCAAUAAAAUGCAGAAAAGUGAUGUUCAGUGAUAUUGUGAGAAUAAGGAAUAUAUCAAGCCACAGAUGCAAUACAACAGGCCGUCAUCACUAUGGAGUUCAAAAUGACAAGCUGGUUAAACGAACCAAAGACGUCUUAAGUGAAGUUCAGACCAUGUCACUGAAAUCCUGUGACGAUUCCUCAAAGCCAGCUAAAUUCUUUGACUUUGCAGAUGAAUGUGAGAGAGAAGCAUUUUUUCAGAGACUAAAACAAAAAUACUCUUUCCAGUUUCCUGCCAAAAUGAUAAUCUCUAUAUAGUAUCCCAAGCAUCUUAGGAGACUUCCUUCAAAACAAGUGGUUCACUUAGAGCCUUGUGCUGUGUCAGUUUGACUUCUCCGCGGUUGAAGACUUGAGGGUGGAUGAUUUCUGUAUGCUCUCGAGAAUGACAAACCAACAAUGUGUUGCAAUUCUGGAUAAGAUAAGAGGAUUCUUUAGGUGGAGUUGUGACCCAAAAAUGAGCUUAAUUGAAUACAAAUGUUAUUUAAAAAAAAAAAAAAACUUAUUUAUACAAUUAUUUAUGCAGUGUGUGUGUAUAUAUAUGUGUGUUUAAAAGAUAAAUAAAGAAUGACAAGA